AUGGCGGGGGAUCGGCAGGUGCAGCAGAUCCAGUGUUUCGCGUUGAACGCCAACCUCACCGUGGUUUUUGAUUUUAGGACAUUCAAGUGGUCAGUAUUAAGUCCUACUAGAGAUCCAAACCAGUUGAAUACUGAAAAUAGUACCACAGACCAGUCAUUCCCUGCAAUAGCAGGCCAUAGUAUGGCCAAGUGGAAAAAUAAUAUUAUAGUUGUAGCUGGGAACACAAGAACAUCAACAUCAAAUAAGGUUUCAGUUUGGCUUAUUAACAUGGAAACAAAUAGCUGGUCCUCUGUUGAUACAUAUGGAAAAGUCCCAAUAUCCCGUCGUGAGCAAUCUGUAUCCCUAAUUGGUUCUCGACUGAUAAUGUUUGGUGGAGAGGAUAACAAGAGGCAUCUUCUGAAUGACCUUCAUAUACUUGACCUGGAGAGAAUGAUGUGGGAAGAAGUUAAAACAGAGAAAGGUGGUCCAGCUCCUAGGUAUGAUCAUUCAGCUGCUGUUUAUGCCGACCAGUAUCUUCUAAUAUUUGGUGGUUCCUCCCACUCUACAUGCUUUACUGAUCUCUACCUGCUUGACUUGCAAACUAUGUGGCCCAAGCUGGUGCCCAAGGCCAAGGACGGCGACGCGGACUGCGUCAAGACGCACGUGUUCUGGAAUGACCACGAACCUGCCCUUGUACUACUUCGAGGAGCGUUUCUAUUUGGUGUGCUUCACGAGGAACGUUAAGGACGGUGGGCUGUACAUGAUCCUGAACAUUGGGCCAUUUCGUUCAUCACCGCCGAACGGACCUUCGGAUCUGCCUCUUCGUUCCGCCGAUUUGUUGUAACUAUACAGAAUUACGGUGAUUCGAUAUCUCUAGAUUGAUGGGUUUAUGUGUGCAGAUGUACAGGGGCAUGGCGGUGUGGCUUCAUUACGUGCCUGGGAUGGUGUUCUGACGAACAACGAGCCAUUUAAGUCUCACAUGAAGAGAUUCACGAUGUACAUCGUGGAUAUGAUCAAGAAAGAGCAGUUCUUCUCCUCGCAUAUUAGGCACAUCAUCCUAGCUCAGGUUGAAAAUGAAUAUGGCGGUAUGGAAUAAACGUACAGAGCUGGUGUCAAGCCAUAUGUAAUGUGGGCAGCUAACAUGGCUCUAGCUCAGAAUACUGGUGUCCCUUGGAUCAUGUCCGAGCAGUAUGAUGCCCCUGAUCCAGUGUUUAAUUUCUGACAACACAUUACCUUGAUGCAACAUGAAUGCUUCUUGAGAUAUACUGGCAUUCAAAUUUCAGUGUAUGGUAAACACUUGUAAUUCAUCUAUUGUGAUCAAUUCAAACCAAAUUCUCCAACCAAGCCAAAAAAAUUGGACAGAGAAUCGUCCAGGAUGGGCAUUAUACUUCUGUAGAGGCUAAAAUGGUGGAUGGCGAGAAUAGGAUUUGUACUGGUGGACUACAUUUUGGUUUUAGAUUUUCACAUUAUGUUCUACACCCAUUGUUGUAAAGCUCUUGAAAUACAUACCAACAAUAGGGGAAUCUUUUUUAAAAUGUAUUAAAUGAUUCAUUUUCCAGUCUAUGAGAUGGCACAUGUUUUGCCAAUAUUUUUUCAUCUGUACACAUUGUUAAACAAUUACGUGAAAAUAUGAUCGUCAUAUACGGUAC